CUCGAGUUCAUGCACAUGUAGAUAUAUUCUUUAUAACAGAAUAAAACCAUCCACGGGCUAAUUUGCAUGAGUGUUCCACAUUUGGAAUUGACGAAGUUAGAAACAACCAUAAUGUCGGACGCCUUUCGAGGAAUAUUUUCGAACAUUUUAAAUGAGGGACAGCAUUUACGAGAAAUUUUUAAUCGGCGCUUGGUCGCAUAUGAACCCCUCGUACUUGUCGGAGGUUCUGGGAUAAUUGCUUAUGGGAUUCAUUACAUGGUUAUUCGUAUUCCAAAUGAUGGAAUUUAUGCUGGUGUAAAGCGAACUUUCUUCAGAAUCAGAAAUCGCAUCCCUUUUAUAAAGUCUAUUAUUGACCGAGAGUUGGCAAAAUCGGCUAAAUCAAUCACCGACAAUGUGGAAAAACUGUAUCGUGGAGGAAAUGAAAACUGCAAGUUCAUCACUGUGUUGCCCAAAGGUCCCAUGAGUUCAAGUGAAAUUCUUGUGCAGGUUGAAUCGUACUUAAAAUUAGGUUACAAUGGGAGUGAUGGUGGUCUCAUGUCCGGAGCGCUUUAUCAUGGAGGAGAAGGGCUGACAAAACUUAAUACGAAAGUGUACGAGAUGUCAUCUUGGUCGAAUACCCUUCAUGCCGAAGUAUUUCCGGGGAUUUUAAAGAUGGAAGCUGAAAUUGUUCGAAUGGUAGCUGAUCUUUUUCACGGAGACUCAGAAUCAUGCGGAUCGGUAACAUCAUGUGGGACCGAAUCCAUACUUCUAGCCGUGAAGGCAUAUCGAGAUUAUGGGACAACUGAGCUGGGAAUAUUACACCCAGAAAUCCUAGUAGCAUCUUCGGCGCAUCCGGCAUUUAAUAAAGCCGCCCAACUAUACAACAUUAAAAUAAAGUCUGUCCCCCUUGACCAGAAUACUUAUACCGUUGAUGUCAAAGCAAUGAAAAAAAUGAUUACAAGAAAUACAGUCAUGAUUGUUGGCUCCGCGCCCGCAUAUCCUCAUGGAUGCAUGGAUAACAUUAAAGCAAUCUCGGAAAUUGGAUUAAAACACAAUAUUCCGGUUCAUGUGGACGCUUGCCUUGGUGGAUUUUUGAUUGCUUUCAUGUCGAAAGCUGGCUUUCCAUUGGAACCGUUCGACUUCCAACUUCCAGGAGUUACUAGCAUUUCUGCAGACACUCACAAAUACGGAUCUGCUCCGAAAGGGUCGUCAAUUUUACUGUUCCGGAGUAAAAAGCUUCGUCAGUAUCAGUACUUUAUCCAUACCGAGUGGUGCGGAGGUCUGUAUGCUUCACAGACACUCGCAGGAUCUCGAGCAGGGGCUCUUAUCGCAGUUUGCUGGACAACAAUGUUAUACUUUGGAAUGUCGGGUUAUGUCGACAUGACCAAGAGUAUUAUUCAAACUGCUAGACAUAUUAAAUAUCAGUUGAAGCAAAUUCAAGGAAUUGACGUUAUGGGAAAUCCAGAAGUAAGCAUAAUUGCUCUGAAAUCUGAAGAGUUUGAUAUUUAUCGAUUACUCGAAGCUAUGAAAUCGAAAGGUUGGGUUAUGAACGCGUUGCAAUUUCCGUCCAGUAUCCAUUUCUGCCUGUCGUAUAACCAAACUGCACCAGGGGUGGCAGACAAGUUCUUGAAGGAUAUCCGAGAUGCGGUUGAAGUAUUAAUGAGUGAUCCAGAUUCAGAAACAACAGGAGUGGCUGCAAUUUAUGGCACCUCGCAAACAGUGUCAGAUCGAUCAAUAGUUAGUGAAAUUACAGCCAUCUAUUUAGAUACCUUGUACGAGACAAACUUUUAAUAGCACAUACGAUUAUAUACGUCAAUAAGUAUAUCUGUAUAUACAUAUGCAAGUAUGUAAGUAGAUACGCCUAUAUAUAAAAUGCCUGGCAAGAAUUUCAGAGUUAGUGAUUAAAAAUAUGUGACAAUUUACACUUGA